GUGGGUAAGAGUUAGUUUCACUUUGAAGUUCUCCUCUUUGAAUUCCGCAUGUUUCCUGGUCAGUGCGUCUGAUGAUGGACUCGGAGUCACGUCUCUGCGGAUAAUCUCCUCGAGCUGUUCUUCUGAAUACAUCGAUAUGAAGGCGCUGAUAGGGCUGCUGCUUUUGGUCUUUGGUCACGGUGUGUCCUCAGUGCUUCACUCUCUGCAGUAUUUCCUCACGUCGUCGUCUGGACUCACAACCUUCCCAGAGUUUGUUGCUGUUGGGAUGAUGGAUGGAGUUCAGUUUGGGUACUAUGACAGCAACACCCAGGAAAUAGUGCUGAAACAGGCCUGGACGGAACAGUUCUACAGAGAUCAUCCAGGUGAACUGGAGAUGAUAACUGAAAGGGCUCUGGGUAACCAGCAGGGCAUCAAGGCCGACAUUUUGUAUCUGAAGAAGCUCUUUAACCAGACAGGAGGUAUCCACAUAUAUCAGUUCAUGUAUGGCUGUGAGUGGGAUGAUGAGGAUGAUUCUACUGAUGGUUAUAGACAGUAUGGUUAUGAUGGAGAGGACUUCAUGUCGUUGGACCUGAAGACCCUGACCUGGGUCGCUGCAGUACCUCAGGCUGUCUCCGACACACAGAGAUGGAAUGAGGAUAAAGCUCGAUUACAAUACCAGAAGUACUUCUACAACAAGGAGUGUGUUGGUGGGCUGAAGAAGUACCUGUCCUAUGGGAAGAGCACUCUGCAGAGAACAGAGCGUCCACGGGUGUCUCUGCUCCAGAGGAGCCCCUCCUCCCCAGUGGUGUGCCAUGCUACAGGCUUCUACCCUGACAGGGUGGUGGUGUUCUGGAGGAGAGACGGCCAGGAGCUCCAUGAGCAGGUGGACCCCGGGGAGGUCCUCCCCAACCACGACGGGACCUUCCAGGUCAGCGUGGACCUCAACCUCACGGCCGUCCCACAGGAGGACUGGGGGAGGUACGAGUGUGUGGUCCAGCUGAAAGGCAUCGAGGACAUCUCCACCCCCCUGGACCCCGCCCUCAUCAGGACCAACUGGGAGGUCCAGAGUGGCCUCACCAUCCCCAUCAUCAUUGGGUUCGUUGUUCUCCUCCUCGCUGCUGCUGCUGCUGCUGUUGGAGUCUUUGUGUACCAGAAGAGGAACGGUUCUGACACCAGCUCUGAGAACACUGAGGGGCAGAAUCCGGCUCCUGAGGCCCGACCUCUGAUCACAGUCAGUACUUUACCACUUUACAAUACUUAUUCAGAGUCAUAUGUUUACAGUUAUAUUUGUUUGCAGUCUACUUUAUCACAGCGAUAGUAAUACAACUAUUAACAGUACUUCACCACAGUAAAGGUACGGCCACACUGAACGUGUUACGCACGUUAGAGGUCUAGAAAAUCAGCAUUUUUGCACCGGGAACCAUUGGUUUAGGCGUUUAGAUGCGUGACACGCGCUAAAAUACCGCGUUAAGCGCGUUGAUUUAGGCAUUUUACACACCUAAAUAACGCGCCCAACGCACCUACUCGCGGAGUUCAAUAUUUUUUUCUUUUUACGCUCCUACGAGUGACGCUUAUCCGCGAUAGCCAAUCAGCGUUGAGCUUGACCCGACGUCACUGGCAGAGAGACGAGGACGGACGCUCAGCAGCUGAUAAGGAGCGCCUGUAGUUGGUGUCCUGACGGGAGAUCCUGGCACCAACCCGGGCUAGCAGGUCAUCAGACAUGGCCCAAGUCAACCGAAAAUACGUCUGGAACCGGCCGUCAUCCAGGCGGAGUUCCUGGAGGAGGUGGUGAAACCCACCCAGCUGUGAGCGCCUACGGAGGAUGUCAUGCACCCAAACACGACGGCGUUUGGGUUUCCUACUCUCCUCGAACUCCCACAGCAAAUACAGCGCAGCGAUGGUGGUGAUCUCGGCCAUGUUUGUGGAGCAAAAGAAAAGUAGCGGGGGCCAAUAAGUUUAGGGCGGGCUCAUCUAGCUCCGUAUAGGCGCGUUAGGUGCGUUGAACCAUUUUUGUGACGCACAAUGAUCAAGCGGCAGGUUAAGC